UCUCCGCCUCCUCCCCGUUUGCAUGUUUCCUUUGAAUUUUCUCUCCUGAAAUUUCCCCUAAAUACCGAACCCUAAACCCUUGAUUUGCUUCGAAAUUUCUUCCCCGUGUCUGGAUCCUCUCUUAUAAUUCCGAAAUUUGCUUCGUCCUUUCGAUUUCUUGUUUCUUCACGAAACAGGAAAUUAAACUUCCCCCUUUUUUAUUUUUUAAUUUCUUCCAUGGCUGGCAUGGUAGGAGAAAGCAUACAAUGAUUGAAUUAUUGUUGUUCCUUUUCAAUUGUAUGGAGUUUACGAAAUGCCUGAGCUUCGAAGAGGAGUCUGUAGACGCCGCACGACAUUAGCCGAGAAGCAACCGCAACAAGAGCCAAAGCAGACUAGGCCGAGGAAUCAAGGUCGUAAACGUGCGGUUGCGGCCGCCGAGGUUGGUAGGCCGAGGACUAGGUUGGCGGUGAAAAGACUGAAGGAGGAAAAUCAACUUCAGGUGGUAGUAGCUGCGAACGGUGGAGAGGAUCAGGUGAUUUUGAUUUCUGAGAGGGAUAGAGAAAUCGAGAGGGAGGAGUUAGUAAAAGUUGAUAGAGGAAAGGAAGUUGGGAUGGGAGACGAAAGCGGUGGGCUGAGUGCUAACAAGGCUCCUGGACAGGAAGAGGAGGGAAGUACUGCACCUUUUCCUGAGAGAGUUCAAGUUGGGGGAUCUCCUAUGUACAAAAUAGAGAGAAAACUCGGUAAAGGUGGAUUUGGUCAGGUGUUUGUUGGACGGCGUGUUAGUGGUGGAAAUGAACGUGCAACUGGAUCUGCAGCCAUGGAGGUAGCUCUGAAAUUCGAGCAUAGAAACAGCAAAGGAUGUAAUUAUGGUCCACCAUAUGAAUGGCAAGUUUACAAUUCUCUCGGUGGCAGUCAUGGAGUUCCCAAAGUACAUUACAAAGGAAAGCAAGGAGACUAUUAUGUGAUGGUUAUGGACAUAUUAGGGCCCAGCUUAUGGGAUGUUUGGAAUUCUUCAGGGCAAGCGAUGUCUGCAGAAAUGGUAGCUUGUAUAGCAGUUGAGUCCCUAUCAAUACUAGAGAAGACGCACUCCAAAGGUUAUGUGCAUGGGGAUGUUAAGCCGGAGAACUUUCUACUUGGUCAGCCAUCUACACCACAAGAGAAGAAAUUGUUUCUUGUCGACCUUGGACUAGCAACAAAGUGGAGAGAUAGCAGCAGUGGGCUGCAUGUUGAUUAUGAUCAACGUCCUGAUAUGUUUAGAGGAACUGUUCGAUAUGCAAGUGUCCAUGCGCAUUUAGGAAGAACUGCCAGCAGAAGAGAUGAUCUUGAGUCUCUUGCGUAUACUCUCAUAUUCCUCCAUCGAGGUCGAUUACCAUGGCAGGGCUAUCAGGGUGACAACAAAUCGUUCUUAGUCUGCAAAAAGAAAAUGGCUACGUCCCCUGAAAUGCUUUGCUGCUUCUGUCCUCCACCUCUAAAACAAUUUCUUGAAACUGUGGUGAAUAUGAAAUUUGACGAGGAGCCCAACUACUCCAAACUAAUAUCCUUAUUUGAGGGCUUGAUAGGACCAAAUCCAGCUAUAAGGCCAAUAAAUACCGAUGGUGCUCAAAAGAUUAUUUAUCAAAUAGGCCAAAAGCGAGGUAGGUUGAAUACGGAUGAAGAAGAUGAUCAACCCAAGAAGAAGGUUCGUCUUGGCGUUCCUGCUACACAGUGGAUUUCAGUCUACAAUGCAAGACCUCCAAUGAAGCAGAGGUAUCAUUACAAUGUGGCUGAUGCAAGGUUGGCUCAACAUGUGGAGAAAGGAGUUGCAGAUGGUCUGCUAAUAAGCUGUGUGGCAUCUUGUACCAAUCUUUGGGCAUUAAUUACGGAUGCUGGGACUGGUUUUACAAGCCAAAUUUAUGAGCUUUCACCUUCCUUCUUACACAAGGAAUGGAUCAUGGAUCAGUGGGAGAAAAACUAUUAUAUUAGUUCUAUUGCUGGUUCAAACGGUGGAAGUUCCCUUGUUGUUAUGUCCAAAGGUACCCAAUACACCCAACAAUCUUAUAAAGUAAGCGAAUCUUUCCCCUUCAAGUGGAUAAACAAAAAGUGGAGAGAGGGCUUUUUUGUCACCUCAAUGACUACUGCUGGGAGCCGGUGGGGUGUUGUUAUGUCUCGUAAUGCAGGCUUCAGUGACCAGGUUGUGGAACUUGAUUUCCUCUAUCCAAGUGAAGGAAUACACAGGCGUUGGGAUAAUGGUUAUAGAAUCACAUCGACAGCUGCAACUUCGGAUCAAGCUGCUCUAAUCUUGAGCAUUCCUAAGCGCAAACCUGGCGACGAAACCCAAGAGACUUUACGCACAUCUCAAUUUCCCAGCACACAUGUUAAGGAAAAAUGGGCAAAAAAUCUCUAUCUUGCAUGUCUAUGCUAUGGAAGGACUGUAUCAUGAAAUCGAGAUAUCAGCGCUGUCGGUUUUCUUCCCUUCUCUGUUCUCUUUUGACAUUUCCUUGUAUUGCAAUUCAGUCCCUCUAAUUUAGUUUUUGUAUUUUGAAAUACAAGUGUUAAC